GAAGUCCAGUUCUUCAUGAUGAGGAUAGGAUCCUCCCUAUGUUUGUGGGUUUGACGAUUCCUGGCCAACUUGAGUACAAGCCUUCUGUAGUGUGGUCCUCCGCAUCAUUACCUCACACCCUCUCUUGCGCUCUUCCUCCUCGUCCGCGCUCCUCUCCUCUCCGCGCUUACCGCGCGACCGCAAUUCGAUGGCGCAAGCGGACGGCGGAGGGCGGGAAGCGGGGUAUGCGGGGCAAGCGCAGAAGCAAGAGGGAGGGGACAUGGGAGAUCCGAGCCUGGAUGAAAGGGUCCCAGCCGAACCUGCCGAUCCCGCGUUUCGCGCGCUGUUUAAGACGCACAAGGAGCAUCUGACGUGGACUCACACGGGCCGCUUGCGGUGCGCGCUGACAGGUCACGAGUUCCUUCCGAACCACGAAUCCCUGAAGCGCCACGUGGCAAGCAGAGUAUUCGCCAAGGCUUCCGCGUCGCGCGCUCUGAAGAAGUUCGAGCCGCACAUUAUUCAGUCGUCGGAUAAUCCCAACAAGCUGUUCUGCACGCUGACCAACAAGCUAAUGCAGAAGUCGGAGGACGCGGUAUGGAAGCACAUGAUGGGCCACAAGUUCCAAAAGUGCCUUGCCAAGAAGGAGGAGGAGGUGGCAGCAAGGAGGGCAGCUAAGAGGGCAGAGAGGCAGGCAGCCAGUCAGUCAGUGAACGGCGGAGAUGGGGUGGGGGGGAAUGCGGGUGAAGGACGGGGGGGAGAGGAAUGGGGGAUGGGAGAGGAGAGAGCAGUGGAGGAGCGAGGAGAGAGGGGAGGAGAGAGGGGAGGAGAGAGGGGAGGAGAGAGGGGAGGAGAGAGGGGAGGAGAGAGGGGAGGAGAGGGAGCAGGCGAGAAUGGAGGGGAGAGUCGUGAGGCAGUGGAGAAUGGGGCGUCAAGACUGCAGGAGGCAGGGAGGGAAGGAGGAGAAGGAAGAGAAGGAGAAGGAGGAGAAGGAGGUCGGAUUGAAAGAGGGCCACUAGAAAUGGAGGAGGAGGAGGAUGGAGAGAGUGACAGAGAGCCGGGUGAGUGCAGCAGUGGUGAGACGGGGGGAGAGGAGAAGGAGUUGGAAGAAGGGGAGGAGGUGGAAGAAGGGGAGGAGGUGGAAGAAGGGGAGGAGGUGGAAGAAGGGGAGGAGGUGGAAGAAGGGGAGGAGGUGGAAGAAGGGGAGGAGGUAGAGGAAGGGGGGGAAGGGGAGGAGGUGGAAGAAGGUGGUAAGGGAGAAGAGGUGGGCGGUGGGGAGGAAUCAAAUGGUACAAUGGAGGAGAGAGGAGAAGGGGAGGAUGUGGAGGAUGUCGAAGACGAAGACGAGGAGGAAAAGGAGGCGGAGUUUUGGAUGCCUCCUGUUGGUGACCGGUGGGAUGGGGAUGCUGGGGGCGACAGAUGGGGCAGCUGGGAAGAAAGAAGAGAAGCGAAAAGGAGUCGAAGAAGGCAAGAGGAGGAGGACAGGGAGGAAGAGGAAGGAGGGGAAGCGGAGGGGAGUGAGGGGAAGAGGAGUUGAAUAUGGAAGGGGUGAGUGGAGAAUUGCAGGUGGAGGGAGACGAGGAGGAGGAGGAGGGAGAUGAGGAGGAGGAGGAAAGUGAUUUUUGGAUGCCUCCUGCAGGUGACAGGUGGGAUGGGGAUGAUGGGGGCGAGAGGGGAAGAGGGGGAGGAGGAGGCGGCUGGCAGCAGAGCACAAGGAGCCAGGAGGAAGCGAAGGCGUGGACGUGGGGAAGAAGCGAGGAGGGGCCAGCGAUGAGAGACGGGGGGCCAACGAUGAGAGGCGGGGGGCCAGCGAUGAAAGGCGGGGGGCAAGCGAUGAGAGGCGGGGGCCAGCGAUGAGAGGCGGGGGGGCAGCGAUGAAAGGCGAGGGGCCAGCGAUGAAAGGCGGGGGGCUAGCGAUGAAAGGCGGGGGGCCAGCAUUCAGCGGCACCGUGGCACCCUGCAGCCCAUGGUGGCCUUCAGUUGCUUCACAUUCACACCCCUCAUGCUGUGGGCUUGGGGAUGGGCUGAGUGAGCGCGAUAUGAUGCACUCUGGUCUGCUGCUUGGGUGAGGGAGGGCUUCUGGUCUGGAUUACCUUGGUCCUUGAGCACUGAAUCUUCAGGGGUUAUUCAGGAGGGGUACAGUAGGUGUGCCACUAUGUCUGCUAGUUGUCACAAAUUUUUUUACAACCUUCUAGCAUUUUUACAUCGAAUUUAUGGUAUUUGGUGGACCUGUUUGCAUGCCUUCAUAGAUGUGUGUG